GACAAAAAAAUGGGCAUCAUCCAAUGCGUGUGUGGUUUGAAACUUCACGUUCCUCGAAACUGCUUCUUGUUCUUGUUAAUUUAAAUAAAAAUGGUCCAUUUCAUUAACCCUUUGAACAAGGAGGUACUUACUAUGUAAUUUCCAUGAAAUUUCUGGUCAUAGUCCCACCUCCUCUCUUCACCAUCUAUAUAAACCAUCUUCACUCUCAAUUGAAUUCCAACAAAUAAAAAUACGGACUACUUGAAUCUUCGUCUCUCCCUCUCUAGACAACUCCUUUCAUCUACAUCUUCUGCUGCCGAUGUGUUGCCAUUCAAUGGCAGCUUGUAUUGACAAUUCAAGAAACCAAACUUUUUCUUCAAAUACCUAUCCAUGUCAAUUCAACAAAUCUCGAUGUACACCCAGUGUCACAAGCUUCAGUUCCUGCAAUUCCAUUCACCGCGAUGGACACAAAAUUCCUAGUCCAUCCAAGCUCAUACCUCAUGCCGGCGAUGAAGAUGAUUCCGAGUGGCUGAAAAUCCGAGACGAGGCGAAAUCCGAUAUGGAGCAAGAGCCCCUCUUAUCCAGAUACUACUGUUCCUCCAUACUGUUACAUGAUUCACUAGAGAGCGCGUUGGCUAAUCAUUUAGCAAUCAAGUUGAGCACUUCAAAUCUUAGUAGCGAAACACUCGGUGAAGUUUUCUUGAGUGUUCUAGCCGAAGAUUGUGAGAUCAAAAGAGCAAUUAGAGAUGAUAUAAAAGCAGUGAAAGAGCGUGACCCUUCCUGCAUUAGUUACGUUCAUUGCCUUCUAAAUUUUAAGGGCUUCCUAGCAUGCCAAGCUCAUAGAGUUGCACAUAAGUUGUGGUCACAAGGUAGGACUGUCAUGGCACUUGUUAUCCAGAAUCGGGUUUCGGAGGUUUUUGCAGUUGAUAUCCAUCCUGGAGCUAAGAUUGGACGGGGAAUACUACUCGAUCACGCCACCGGAGUUGUGAUCGGAGAGACAGCUGUUAUCGGAAACAAUGUCUCCAUUCUACAUAAUGUGACAUUAGGGGCUACAGGGAAGGAGACGGGGGACAGACACCCUAAGAUUGGUGAUGGGGUACUAAUAGGUGCUGGGACUAAAGUUUUAGGGAAUGUCAGAAUCGGAGAAGGUGCUAAAAUUGGUGCAGCCUCUGUUGUGUUGAAGGAAGUGCCUCCUCAAGCCACUGCUGUUGGAAACCCUGCUAGACUAGUUGGAGGGAAAAAUAGACAAGAAAUGUAGAAUUACUUUCCUAAAAAUGAUAUAUGUAUUAUUUGAAUUGUUUCUUGUUGAAAUGCAAUGGUAAAUCAUACCGGAUUUUUUUGUUCUUUUCAA